GUUAUGGAGGACACUGCAAAUUCUCCUUCGAAACCAACAAAGACCUCAAACUCAUGGGUCCCACCUCCCUUCAUUAAUCUUGUAGUUAUUGGCAUAGUUGGUAUCUCUCUUGCAAUGGCGUUGCAGAUGUUUUGGCAACAAAAUCAUCAAAAUGUCUCAGUUCAGGAUUCGGAUGAUACAGUGUAUAAGACAGGAGAUCCACUUCGGAUUCUUCUGGUUGGAAAAACAGGAGUGGGGAAAAGUGCAACAGGCAACACUAUACUGGGACAAAAUCUUUUUGAAUCACAGAUAUCCUCCUCCUCUGUGACUGGGCAUUGUGAAAAGUUUGAUGCUUUAAUAAAUGGCAGAAACGUGUCUGUCAUUGACUCUCCGGGUCUGUUUGACACCAGCCUAACUAAAGAUGAGGUCAUUGACAGAAUUAAACUCUGUAUUCCACUCUCUGUUCCUGGUCCACAUGUCUUCUUGGUUGUGAUUCAGCUGGGCAGAUUCACAGAUGAAGAGGCAGAAGCUGUUAGAAUCAUUCAAGAAGUUUUUGGUGAGGAAUCCUCCACUUACACCAUGGCACUGUUCACUCAUGGGGAUCGUUUGGAGGACAACAACAUUCACACAUUUGUACGGAACAGUCCAAAACUGCUCAGAUUCAUCAGAACUUGCCGUGGACGAUACCACGUGUUCAACAAUAAAGAACAAAAUCCCGAACAGGUCAUUCAGUUGCUCGACCAGAUUGAUAAAAUGGUCACUGGAAAUGGUGGACAGCAUUACACCAGUGAGAUGCUUGAAAGGGCAGAGAGAGCAGUUGAGGAAGAGAAACAACGUAUCCUGAAGGAGACAGAGGAGCAGAGACUGAGGGAGUUGGAAGCUCUGAAGGCUAAACUUAAGGAUUACAUAUUUAAAACAAUGAUAUCUUAGUAAAAACCUUAAGUAGUAUUGACAAACUAUAUAUCAUUUGAAAGCUUACAAUCUCUAGUUUCCAUUUUUCGUUUUCAAGAUAAAUUACAGAGGAGCCGUAAUUUAUCAAUUUGCAACAAGAAUAUUUUCAUACUCCUAAGGCGAGUUGAGACCUUUAUAUUGAAAAAGCAAUGAACAUGAAAAAUCAGGAAAAAAAUGGUAGAAACCUCAGUUUGUUUUCAUGCCAAGAGUU